AUGGAUCCCCCAAAAAACAAAGAGAAGCGGGGACGUGGCCAGGGGCAAGGCCAAAGUCGCGAUGUCCAAGUCUCCAAAGCGUUAAGCUUACUUCUGCGACACGCUGCGGAGAAGGAAGGGCUGAAGAUGAACGUCCAGGGUUAUGCGAGCGUGACAGACGUGUUGAAUUGGAGAAAACUCAAAUCUCUAAAAGUGACCUUUCCCGAGAUUCUCCACGCCGUCGAGUCCUCCGACAAAAAGCGCUUCGCCCUCCUCCACAUUCCAUCCGCACAACCUACCGAAUCCACGACUCAAGCAACAACAACACCAGCAACAGCCCUCGAUGCCGAGCACGAAGCUGUCACUAUCGUGGGUGAAACCCAGCCUGCGACAUCCGUCCUGGAAUCCGCCCCCGCCACGAGCGAAGCCCAACAAACAGCCACCGACCAAGCAUUAUCCGUGAAAGAUACCGACCCGUCGAACUUUUUGAUUCGCGCGACACAAGGUCACAGCAUCAAGACCGUAGAUGCUGCCUCCUUUCUCGAGCCGCUUUCCUUGUCCGAGGAAUCGAAACUACCCGACACUGUCGUCCACGGCACGUUCCACGCGACCUGGCCUGCGAUUCUACAAUCCGGUGGACUACGCUGUAUGGGACGGAAUCACAUUCACUUCGCCACUGGUCCGUCACUAGAGUCAGUGCUGCUUGCUACUCAUACUGAGGAUGCCGCGUGGGGGACUUCAACGCCCGACGACUCCCGCGUGAUUUCGGGUAUGCGACGUGACGCGCAGGUUUUGAUCUAUAUUAAUGUGCGCAAAGCGCUAAAAGCUGGAGUCCCAUUCUGGCGCAGUGAAAAUGGGGUCAUUCUCAGUGAGGGCAUCCCUGUUGAGGAGAGUGGGCAACCGAAGAAAGGCGAGGCACAGAAGUUCGUCGGGCUGGACUUUUUCGAUGUAGUGGUGGAGCGUAAGGUUGGGCUGGGUAAGCUCUGGGAGCACGGGGAGGUUCUGCAGGAACUUCCGGAGACUCUCACGAAGAAAGGGAAUCCCAAGGGCCGGCGAUGA